AAUAAUAUUCAGGCAUCAGAAGCUCUUAAAAAUGAAAUCGAUGAUUUGAAGAAGAAGCAUGAUGAGGCUGCCUCAAAAGUUCUCCAGCUUGAAGAAGAUAUCAUGACUGUUACUCAAAAAGCCAUUGCUAAAGAAACAGAGUUAGACAGUCUGAAGGACAAAAUGAAGAAAGUGAUACUUGAGAAGGAACAACUUGAAUGUGUGUUAAAGACAGAAAAGGAUGAAAAAGAACUUUAUAAGAUACACUUGAAGAAUACAGAAAUAGAAAACACCAAACUAGUAAAAGAAAUCCAGACGUUUAAGAAUUUGGAUGCAAACAAAGAAAAAAUGAUAUCGUAUUAUAAAGAGGAGGUUGGCAGAUUGCAGCUAUUUAUAGCUGAGAAAGAAAAUACGAAGAAAGCUUUUUUGCUCUCCUCAUCAAACAAGGAGGAUGCAAGUGUUUUAAAAGAACAGCUUCGGAAAGCUGAAGAUCAGAUUCAGGCUAGCAGACAGGAGGCUCUCCUAAUGUCAAAGGAGCUGAGUGACGCAGUGAACGUGCGGGACAGGACGAUGGCCGAUCUCCACAGUGUGCGUCUGGAGGCCGAAAAACUGAAAAAGCAGCUGGCUGAUGCUUUAGCUGAACUUAAGAAAAGCACAGCUUUGAAAAAUGAACAGGAAACUUCAAACACAGCAGAGCAGGAACUGCGCAGAGAAGUUGAAGAUCUGAAGCUUCGUCUGCAAAUGGCUGCUGACCAUUACAAGGAAAAAUUCAAAGAAUGUCAAAAACUUCAAAAACAAGUAAACAAAUUUGCAGAACAGGCAAAAAUUGCAGGGCAUCAGCAGAAACUGACAGAUCCAUCUAACAUUGAGACAGCUACUGCCGUUGUUACAGACAAAAAGUUGUCUGCACCUCCAGUUAUUCCAAUUUCAUCUGACCUAGUUUCGGAAUUCAUGGUAAAGGAGCAAGUACGUGAAAUGAAUAAAGAAAUUGCUGAGAAAACAGAGAAGUAUAAGAAAUGCAAGCAAAUGUUGGCAGACGAGAAGAUGAAAUGCAGUGUUUAUGCUGAUGAACUUGCUAAAUUGGAGCUGAAGUGGAAAGAACAAAUGAAAAUCAAUGAGAAUAUAAAAUUACAGCUAGCAGCAAUGGAGGAUCAGUAUAAAGUUCAGCUGUCAGAAAAAGAGAGACGAAUAAAGGAACUGGCAUCACAGCUGGAACUCUUUACCAGUGAGAAGGUAUUGUCAGGAUUCCUA